AUGGCGGCGCGCCUCCUCCUCCUCGUCGUCAUCCUCUGCUCCGCCGUCAUUAUUGCCUCCUCCACCAGCCAGAACAAGAACAAGAACAACAGCCUGCCACUGCCAGUGCCAGACGGCCCAGACCCUUGCGCCGGCCGCCGCAUCCACAUCCGGCGCCUCCCCGCGAGCUUCAACACGCACCUCCUCCUCUACUGCGCCACGGCGUUCCCGCUGGCGGACCCAGACUCAAAGUCAGUCCCGGCGUGCACCUCCCUGGCCAACCACGGCCUGGGCCCGCGCACCCACAACGGCACCCGCUCCUGGUACCGCACGGACGCCCGGCUCCUGGAGCCCUUCUUCCACCGCCGCCUCCUGGAGCACGACUGCCUCGCGGCCCGCCCCGCCCAGGCCGACGCCGUGUUCCUCCCCUACUACGCGGCGCUGGACGCGCUGCCCUACGUCCUCCACCCGGACCUCCUCAACUCGUCGGCGCUCCACGGGCUGCCGCUCGCGCGCUUCCUGGCGCGCCACCAGCCGCGGGUCCUGGCGCGCCGCCACGGCCACGACCACUUCUUCCUCCUCGCCGGCACCGCCUGGGACUACUCGCAGCCGCAUGACGCCGACCCCCGGUGGUACGGCACCACGUCGCUGCUCCGCCUCCCCGAGCUCGCCAACUUCACGGUCCUCACGCUGGAGUCGCGCGCCUGGCCCUGGCAGGAGCACGCCAUCCCGCACCCGACCUCCUUCCACCCGUCCUCGCUGCCGCGCCUCCGGUCCUGGAUCGCCCGCGCGCGCCGCUCCCGUCGCACCGCGCUCAUGCUCUACGCCGGCGGCGUCUCCAGGCCGUCCAGGCUCAACAUCCGGGGCGCCAUCCUCGCCGAGUGCGCCAACCGCACGUCGGCUGUGUGCACCGUCGUCGACUGCUCCGCCGCCGCGUGCGGGCUCAACCCCGUGGCGUACAUGCGGCCCAUGCUCAACGCUAACUUCUGCCUGCAGCCGCCCGGGGACUCGCCGUCCCGCCGCUCUACGUUCGACGCCAUCGUCGCCGGAUGCAUCCCGGUCUUCUUCGAGCACGCCGCCGCCAGGAUGCACUACGGCUGGCACCUGCCCCGCGGGAGGUACGACCAGUUCUCCGUCACCAUACCCAAGGAGUCGGUGGUGAUGGGGGACGUCAGGAUCGCCGACGUGCUGGCGGCGGUGCCCGAGGACAAGGUCGCCAGGAUGCGGGAGCGCGUGCUGGAGAUGGCGCCCAGGGUGGUGUACCGGCGGCACGGGAGCGCGGCGGACCUGAGGGAGGCCACCAAGGACGCCGUCGACCUCGCCGUGGAGGGCGUCCUGAGGAGGAUACGGAGGCGGGUGAGCGCGCUGGAGAGCGGACACCCGGACGCCAUCUACGAGCUGCAGGACGACGACGACGAUUCGGACGGACGGACGUAG